UAUUCGGGAGACUCUUGCAUUGCGAAUGCUCGGCUCCGGGAGCCUCACAGAAGAGUUGAAGCCGCCGGUUGAACUUUCGUUUCAUUAGAGUAACAAGCUUUUGGUUCUGCAAAAUCCAUGUCUCUAUCAGUCCAUCUCUUUCUCUGUCUCCUUUCUAACCACACUAUCGGUGACUGUAAUUGCCCCCACCGACUCGAAGCACAUGUCCGUCAAGGCGAGUUUUGGAGGCAAGCUACAUCCUUUCGGGGCUUACUGUUUACAUACGUCAACCCAUUGAUUCCGGGCUAUUUCUGAAAGAUAGGAACUUGAGAGCAAAACUAGGCUGCUGGGGCGGAGAGCUCGCGGCAAUUGCUUUUGGUUGCGGAGAGUUUUCCAUUUUUCCAUGGUACCGUGUAUUGUGUAUUGAUGGUUGUAUAUCCAUGUCGACAAGAUAUGGAGUUGAGUCCGCUUGCUCCAGAGCAAAGUGCUCUCUUACAAAACAACGGUUACUUAGAUUGUAUUAUGCUGCUUCUUCGGCAGUGAUGUUGGAAGACCCUGUGUUUGAUGUAAGUCCUAGAGUAGAUUAUGCCAAUGUAAUGGUCAAUUUUGGAAGAAACAGCGUGAGACCUUCAAUUCUUCAAAGAAAGCGUAGUUUAUUUCCUAUAGUUGUCUCGGUGAUUAAAACCUCAAAUUGGGAGGCUGAACUUGCAAAAGAUAAAAUGUUCUGGAAAGCUGUAAGGCUGUAUGGAUUUUUUCAUUCAAUCACUUCCUUCAAAAUUAUUAUUCACAUUUAUGCUUCGGCAGGAAUGCGUAUGGAAGUGUUUGCUUUGCUCAAAGAUAUUGUUGGAUUCUAUAGGAAGGCCAAGUUCGAUACAUUCAAAUUGUUUCUGACUUUGUUAGAUUCACCUCAGCAUGUGGAACGAUCAAUUGUUGUGUGUGACAUGCUUAUAAAAGUACUUGCAUCCUAUUCCAUGCUUGAUGAUUCAUUUGAUGUGUUCAUGAGAAUUAAGCAUUUGGGGUUUGAACCUGGUGUAUUUUCAUGCAAUUUCUUGUUGAAAUGCUUGGUAGAAACAAACAGGGUGGAGUUGGUUGGAAAAUUAUAUGAAGAGCUAAAAAUCUCAGGUCCAUCACCAAAUAUCUACACCUAUACAAUUAUGAUGAGCUUCUACUGUAGAGGAGAUUGUGGGCAGGCUGUAGAUAUUGACCAAGCAACUGGGAUUUUUGAAGAAAUAUUUAGGAGUGGGGAAAAUCCAACCGUUUUCACAUAUAGUAUUUAUAUUCGUGGACUUUGUAAACUUGGUUCUGUUGCUGCUGCGCUGCAAUUUAUUCGUGAAUGUAGGUAUAGAAACCAGCCUCUCAAUAGCUAUUGUUUUAACUCUGUAAUUUAUGAAUAUUGUCAAAGAGGUGCAGUUCACGAAGCUUUGCAAGUCUUGCAAGAAAUGCGGAGCUUAGGCGUAUUGCCCGAUGUCUGCAGCUACAGUAUGUUAAUCCAUGCAUUUUGCAAAAAAGGGGAUAUAGAAAAAGGUCUUGACUUGAUUGAGGAAAUGGAACUCUAUAAUUUAGAACCAUCCAUAAUUAGUUACACAUCCCUUAUCUAUGGUCUAUGCAAGAGUAAGUUGAUGGAUGUUUCAAUGUCUAUGUUUCGGAACAUUGGUGCUUUUGGAUGCAAAUUUGAUCAUGUUGCUUAUGAAACUUUAAUCAAUGGAUUUUGCUGUGGAGGUGAUAUGGAUUCAGCCAAAAAGCUUAUGGAGGAGAUGAUUGCUAAUGAUCUGGCUCCUACUUCUUUUGGUUUCCAGAGUAUAAUUGGAGGAUUCUACAAACUGGGACUCUUAGACAAGGCAUUGGAAGCUUUAUAUUCCAUGCUUCAAGGCGGUGUCUUGCCAAAUACCAUCACUUGCAAUUUUAUUAUUGGUGGACUCUGUAGAGAAGGCCGUUUCAUGGAAGCCUUGACACUACUGGAAAGAUUCCAAGACCAAGGAAUUGACCUAAACUCACGUUCAUAUAAUGCUGUCAUCUACAGGCUGUGCAAGGGAAGACAUUUAAAAAGGGCAUGGGAGCUCCUUCCAAGAAUGAUGAAAAGGAAUGUACUUCCAGGAGUUGUUAAUUAUACAACUCUCAUAGAUGCUUUUGCCAAACAAUCAAAUCUGAAGAAGGCCUUAUGGUUAUACACAAAAAUGCUGAAAGUUGGAGUCACUCCCAACACCAUCACUUAUACAGUCCUUAUUAACACCUGCCGACUGGGCAGAAUGCGUGAAGCAUUUGGUUUUUACAAGAAAAUGAUAGAAAAUGGUUUGAAUCCAGAUCACAUUUCGUUUACAUCUUUAAUAACUGGUUGUUGUCGUACUGGACAUAUGAGAAGGGCCUGGGUAGUAUUCCAAGAAAUGUUGACGAAAGGCCUUUUGCCAGAUGUAUUUACCUACACGUGUUUGAUAGAUGGAUUUUGCAAGUUAAACCGGAUAGAUAUGGCCUCAUUUCUGUUUGAUGAAAUGAACAGAAAAGCAGUUACUCCUAGUGUUGUCACUUACACUGUUCUCAUUGAUUGGUGCCGUAAACAUGGAUAUGCAGAUCAGGCGCAUAGGUUGUAUCGUGAAAUGAGAGUAAAGGGUAUUUCACCAGAUGAUAUAACUCACAGGGUUCUUCCGUGAGGUGGUGGAGUAGAAGCCAAGGUUGCAUGAUAUCUUGAUGGAAAGCAAGCUUCAUCUCUCAAUUUGGGGAUCUUAUCUUCAGCCUGGACCACUAUGAACUUGCACCACAACAGUUGGUAUCUAUUUUUAGUUGCCUUUUCAUUAUGCAGAGAGCUGCAACGUGAUGCUGCUUUGCACCAUGCAAUGUAAUAUGUGGAUCCAAUGUGAUAGGAGAGGGACCAAUUGGUUUAGUUCUUGCCUGCUUGAAGUUGAUAUUGCCAAGCCUUCAGAUGAGAUGACACAAGAGUAGCGAGGGCAAUGUUCACUGUAAGUAGAGCUGGGGAUUUCCCAUUUGCUGCUCAAAGAUGCCAUUGGAACUCCUUGUCAGCCCUUCCUACUCCCCUUGAGCUUAGCUUGAGAAUUAUUACUCUGAUUCUGGUGUCAUUCAGUUGCAAACGGAGGUGAACCUUCUAACAUUGAAGAAGUUGAUUGUGUUAGCUGGCUGAUCACACGCAGAUAUUACAAGGUUCAAAUUUUGUGGAUGAAACAAAAUUACCUGGAGGGGGCUCUUUUUUUUUUUGGUGGUAAGAGGGGCUCUGUUUAUUUUAGACCGGAUAAUAUUGAAUAUAACAUGUAUCAAAUAUUCAAAUGUCAGAUAACUAUUAAAGCAAAAAAGGUCCAGAGGAGUUAAAUUUUUUUUUUUUUUGGGGGGGGGGGGGGGCACGGGGGCAACGUGAAUAACUAAAAUUUCAGUGACUGCGUUUUCACUUCUGCUAUUUCCGGUUCCUACUUAUCCUAUACUUCUCAAAUAAUUUCAGUGACUGCAUUUUCUGCACCUUGUAUGUUUUGCAGCUACAAGGCUAAAGCCUAAAAGGCGAUCACAGUAGCUUGUUACAAUAAUUGUGGAUAAAUUCAAAUAGGUGGAGAAUGAUAAAAAAUACUUUGAAAAUAUGUAAAUGAUUAGUAAGUAUGGAAAAGUGAUAAUUAUUAUUUAGUUUUUAAAUAUUUAUUUGUUAUUUCAAUUUUUGAUGGAAUGACAUGUUUGCCUUCAGUUGUUAUGCAGUGCGAAAUAACUACUGUAAUUGAGCUAUUGAUAAAAACAUAAUAG